CUGACAAUCGUGCCAUUUAGGUCGUUCUUGAUGAACAAGGAGAAAAAUUUAUAAAUGCACAAGCUCGCAAAUUUGCGUUUUAUUGGAUUUAGUCGUGAAAUUUGUGCCAAAAUCAUGUUCAUGCUGUGAAAGCAUGUUUCAGUCCAUUGCAGAACUAAUUAAUAUUGAUAUAGGAAAGGAGCUUACCGAAAUCACCCAAAACCGUAGUGGUUCCUCGUUGACAUUUUGUAAAAAACAUUUACAGAUUGGCUUCAGAUUAAUUCUUUGCUCUGGAACGGGCGAGAGUGAAAUUGAACAAGCUUCAGUGGAUGCAGUAACUCUAAGUGAUAUUGGAUGGAAAUUCCUCGAGAAGAUUGAGCCACAUACGAUUAAAGAACUAAUCAGCACCAACUUGUUGGUAGAUCUUCUCAAUGGUUCUAACUCCACACUGACCAAUAAAAAAGCAAUUCCAAAAGUAGUACGUUGGAUUUUGAAACAAGGUCAAACAGAAGAAUUCACAAUGGCGGUCAAACAACACGUAACAGAGUUGGCCCAUAACAAACAGAUGUACGAUAUCAAUAAAAUACUUGAAAUUAUCGAUAUACUGCUUGCAAGCCCGGACGCCAUUCCAACGAACGUCACCAAUUUGAAACAGUUAUGUGAAAAGAUUGUGGAACAUCUUAUCCACACGUCGGCUGAGCGCGAAACAGCGGAAAUCAAGAGAAUGACACCCGAAAUACAAAAAGUUUCAGAAUUUUUCCGUGGAUUAGUUAGUCGCGUGCCUUCUAAUCAGUAUGACGAAAUUCUUAUUGCUUGCCUGGAGAUGCUUUAUAAGCAAAUAAAAUCGUGUGAAGAAACAUCAAACUAUGCAUCUGCGGUUUUGGCUUUGGUUGAUAAAUCUAUGAUAAAAAAUGGUGUUCAGUGGAUUCUUCAGCAAACAGACAAUACAAACGAAACAAAGAGAAUUUUCAAGACCCUUUCGCAUUGGCUAGAAACUUGGGAUUUCGCGCCAGAUUUGACCAUGUGGGUUAACGAAAUUCUUGUGGGCUUACGGGAUCAGCAAAAACCGGAACUUGUUUUGGAAUUGUCUUUGAGUAUUAUCGUUUCGUAUUUCUCAAAAUUGAUACUUCCCAUUUUUCGGCCAAAGCUAGGUCCUAUUGUACUUUGUAUUUUGAAGUCAAAUCAACACACAUCGGCGGUUUUUCAAGCAAUUACUCCAGCUGUACCUAUGAUACUGAUGAGUCUCAGUAAGGAUGACAAAGCAAAUGCAAAGCAGUGUAAUCUUUUCCAGAAUUUGGUGGAUAUUCUUUCCGCUUUGUUGUUGAAAUAUCCAAGCUGUGAUCAUUCGUAUAAUGAAAUGAAGAAUUGUUUGCAAAAAUAUCCCAGGUCGAAAAACUUCCAGCAGACACUCGAUGUCCCACCUUGGCGAGAUUCAUCACAAAAUUUCAGUACAGUGACAACGAAUGCAAGGGUUGGACUGGUUAAUCUGGGAAAUACUUGUUAUAUGAAUAGUGUCCUGCAAGCCUUGGUUAUGACAAAGCAGUUCAGCCGCGAAAUUCUUCUGUCCAAAAUUGAAGCACCGCUGUUUUCACAAAUACAAAAGCUUCUUGCCUUUUUGCUACAUUCAGCUCGACCAGAACUAACACCGAGAGCAUUGCUCGCAGCUGCCCGACCGCCUGACUUUGUUCCUGGGUUCCAGCAAGACUCAUCGGAAUUUCUUGGCUAUCUUUUGGAAAAACUUCAUGAAACAGAAAAGAAGACUUUGAUGAAAAAUCAAUAUUUGGAGCGCUCUGGAAAAAAUAAGAGGUGUUGGUCAUCUGAGGCUGACGGCAAUUCACUGUUGGAAAUAUCGAAUUCUAAAAUCAUCAAUGGAAUUAAUCUACCUGUACAACAAUACGAAGGCCAUUACGUAACGGAAGAAGCACAGUAUAAUGAAUCUUUGCUCCCACCUACGCUUAUUCAGAAAACAUUUGAUGGAAAAUUGUUUGUAACCUACGAAUGCAAAGAGUGUGGCUCACAAAGUACCAAUUCGGAUGCAUUUCGAUCAUUCGAACUAUCUUUUCCCGAGCCAAAUGAGCUAGGAGCAGAUUACUCUGUUCAAAAGUUGCUCGACUUUUAUUGUUCCUCAGAGAAGCUAAUAGGCGAUAACCAAUAUUUCUGUGAUAAAUGCAAAAGAUUGUGCGACGGAGAACGCUCCAUACGAAUCUUAAAAUCGCCGAGGAAUCUUAUUCUUACACUUAAACAUUUUAGAUAUGAUCAGCAAAGGCAUACACGUGCAAAAUUGAUGAACAAAGUGUUGCACGAUGAAGCGAUAUCUUUGAGGAUCGUUUCAGAAAUAAAUCCUCCAUCUGUUGUGCACUACUCCCUGUAUGCAGCCGUUGUACAUGCGGGUACGAGCAUGGACUCGGGGCAUUACUAUACCUAUGCGCAAGAUGAAUCAGAUUGUUGGUAUAAAUUUAAUGAUAACUACGUAACGAAGUGCUCUGCAGAUGAGCUUCAUUCAUUGUCAAGUCCAAACACGCCCUACAUAUUAUUCUAUCAAAUGUUGAUGCCAUCGGCUGCGCAUAAUUUGGAUAUGGAUGAAGAAAUGGAUGAGCCAACGGCUAUCGUCAAAACAGCGUCCAAUAAUGCUGCUUCAAAUUCUGCCACCGACUGUCAGCUUCCUGAAUUCGAAGAACUCCCGCCGCGUUUACGAGAUAUAAUACUAGGCGAUAAUGAGUCUUACAAUGAGGAAAUGCAGAACGAAGACCGAAAACUAGCACGUGUUGGCACCAACAAACUUGUGCUACCCAAAAACCAUGACUCAGACAACGACGAUCCGCCUCCUAAUUCUUGUGGGAGCCAAACGUUCGACUUAAGUGAUCGAUUUAUCUGCUAGCAAAUUGUUCUAGUCCUGAGGAAAGCAUCAAGUGUUGCUGGUCUUGAACAGCAUAAUUUGAAGGGCAGUCUAGUUUGAUGUAGCAACAAAUAAUAAACUGUCAUUCAAAUCAAAUCUUAAAUAAAAUUUUAAGACUAA